UGGAACAGCGGCGAAGAACUACGCAACUCAGAAUGUGCCGUGGAACGUUCCAAUAGCUUACAUUCUGCAUAGCACAAUCAGUCAGAUUACUGUCAGUGUACAGCGCAUGCCAUCCCUCUCCCCCAGCACCACCAAGGCUGGGCUUCAUCAACCCUGUGCACAUGCACAUUUUAAAACACGCUUCCCUGCUGUAGGUCUGUGUGUCUGAUUCAUUCGACCUAACUCAAAGGACCACUGAUCUACCUCAAAUCCACGAGCAAGUCGAGGAGACUCAGUAACAGCUGCCACUGUGAACUGUGUUUGUCUGUUCCCCUUUAGCCUGCAUGUGUUAAGUAUGCUGGGAAUUACUCUUCUAAUAUUAUCACCUACCUUAUCGCUAAGCCACACCUACGCCGCAGCCCACUGUCACACUACACCCCUGAAGUCCCGAGGAAGCAAAGAUUAAACAAAUAAAUACUACAUCUACAUGAUUAUGACUUGCGGUGAAUGUACGGCUUGGAAUUUCAAUUAUUUUUAUUCAAGUAAAUUAUGAUUUUUUUUACAUUUGUACAUUUUGGCUUUUAAUACUUGCAGUCUCAUAAUAGGAGUCGGGACUUUGGACUCUGGGCUGGACUGCCUUUGUAAUCUGUCUGGUGCUUGUUUAUUCGUUCAGCUCCAGUGUGGCCCCAUGCAGCAAACACAACUCCAGGAUAGGACAUCUAAAGGUAACUAUAUCAUUCAGCAAAAAACAGCAAUGAUAAUAGAAACAAAUUGUUGACAUCGAACUCAUACUCUUGCAUAACUAGCUCAGUGGCUGUAAGGUCAAAUCAGAACGGAAACGAUAGUCCCCCAAGCCAGGAAAGAGUCUCACCAGGAUGUAAAACCUGACUGGGGACUGGAAUGCAUUUGUGAUUUGUCAAAAUAAAAAAGCGUCUUGAAGGGUAAUGUUGCAGCACGGUUUUCUUCUUGUGUAGAUUGUGAUGUCAUCCAGGCGUGCAUUGUGAUGUCAUCCAGGCGUGCAUUGGGGCAUCUGGCCGUCCUCAGUCUCGGCCUCCUACUGAUCCCUCCCCUCUGUAGCGGGGGGCGGGUCCUCGUCUACCCUGCAGAGGGCAGCCACUGGAUCAACAUGAAGAUCCUCAUAGAGGAGAUCCAUGCCAGAGGCCACGUCGUCACGGUGAUACGAGGCAACAACUCGUGGUUCAUCGCAGAGGAGUCUCCCUUUUACACCACCAUCUCCGUCCCAGACAGAAACGUUUACCUGGAAGAAUGGGACACCUUCUUAAGAGAUACCCUGGAUUCUCAGCUCCUUAGCUCGCCCAUGUUUCCGGUCUCCAUGGGCCGAGCUCUCUGGUCGAUCUGGACCUGGCAGAGGGUCUUCACCAAACUGUUGGACAACGGACACCAGCUGUUCAGCGAGAUUGUAAUCUCAAUCCUCGAGGACAAGGACUUGAUGGAGAGAUUCAAGAACUUUGAUCUGUUUCUGACUGAUCCCGCUAUCAGUCCGGGCGUGUUCUUGGGACGUUACCUCAAACUGCCUCUUGUGUUCAAUGCCCGCUGGGCGUCCCCCUCUGAGGCACACUCCGUUAUUGCCCCCUACCCUCUCUCCUACAUCCCCAUCACAUACACAGGUUUCACCGAUCGGAUGACCUUCCUCCAAAGGGUUGAAAAUGUCCUCAUGCGAUGCCAUGAGCUUUACAAAGAGAGGUUUGUGAUUCACCCACAUUACAAGGCCAUCCUGGAUAAAUACUUUGAGGCAGGAAGUGACCUAACUUCCUUCAUGCAGGAAGCAGACAUAUGGUUGAUGAGGUCAGACUUUGUGUUUGAGUACCCCAGACCCACCAUGCCCAAUGUGGUCUACAUGGGGGGGUUCCAGUGUCGGCCGGCCCAGCCCCUGCCCUCAGAGCUGGAGGAGUUUGUUCAGAGUGCUGGGGAACACGGAGUGGUGAUCAUGUCCCUGGGGACCCUGGUGGACUCGCUUUCCAAGAACCUGACUGACCAAAUCGCCAAUGUCUUUGCCAAUCUGCCUCAAAAGGUUAUCUGGAAGUACUCAGGCGAGCGUCCCUCCACUCUGGGCAACAACACCCUGCUGGUGAAGUGGAUGCCCCAGAAAGACCUCCUGGGUCACCCCCAGACCAGAGCCUUCGUGGCCCACGGAGGAACAAACGGAGUCCAGGAGGCCAUCUACCACGGGACCCCUGUGGUGGGAAUCCCUCUCUUCUUCGACCAGCACGACAACCUGUUGCGUCUGCAGGAAAGAGGAGCCGCUAAGAUCUUGGAGCUGCCUGAUCUCGACGGACCAAACUUCCAUCAGACCCUGAAGGAGGUCCUCCACAACCCCAGCUACAGGCACCACAUGCAGAGGCUUUCCCGCCUUCACAGGGACGCUCCUAUCAAACCUAUGGACAGCGCCAUCUUCUGGCUGGAGUUUGUGAUGCGGAACAAGGGGGCUCCUCACCUGCGUACCCAGGCCUACAGGAUGCCCUGGUACUCCUACUACUGUGUGGACGUGCUGCUGCUGCUGCUGGCUGCAGGGGGGCUCCUCCUGGUCUCCACUGCUGCCCUGCUCAGACUGCUGUGCUGCAGAGGCCGGAGAAAGACCAAGACCAAGCUGCAGUAA